UUGUUAUUUACAUUUUUUUGUUUUUAGAACUUUUAAAAUCUACAAACUUAAAAAUCUAUAAGAAAAACUUUAAAAUCAUGAUUAAAAACAAUUUAAAUCCAUUCCAAUAAGAUUCCAGAUCAAUAUCCGACAAAACCAUGUCUGUCAAAUUGGACGAUUCCGUUUGCCGGGUGUGUUUAAGUUCCUCCGGGAGCAUAACAAUUUUUGAUGAUUGUGGCAAAGAUGAUCAAUUUCGUUAUUGUACAUCACUUGAGGCCUCCAAAGAAGAUGGUCUCCCCUCAAAACUCUGCAAGAAGUGCAACGAUCACCUGAAAGUCGCCUACGACUUUCGUUUCCAAGCCAUUUAUGCCGAAAAAUAUUUUAGAAAGACCAUUUUUCUGCCAUCGUUUAAGAAAGAAGACGAAACUUCUCAUAGCAAUGUCGGCGAGGACGAUAGGAAUACAAACAAUCAUUGUAUUGAUGAACUGGACGAGAAUAUGGCCGAGAUUGAUAUGUUGCUCGCCAUCCACACGGAACGCGUUGAAGAUGCCAAUGACGAGGAAAAUAAUGACAACGACGACCAUGGCUGCAAUGGCGGGGACAACAACAAUGAGAUGAUGGACACCAGCGAGUUCUUUGAUCACGAAAGUGUAGACAUAGAUGAGAAACAAGUUGAAAUCAUUGGGAUGGAAACAUUCGAAAAGGAAAAACGCGAACAAAAAGAGCAGAAGGUUAAGUUGGAAAUCGCCAAUGUUCCACCUCCUUUGGUGUCCGUUCCUGAGCGUAACACAAGGUACGAGAUGACAUCAGCGGUUGGGCUAUCAAGUAUACCUUUGGAGUCGCCUCAUAACAGCAACCAGAGCAGCAGUCUGCCUCAAACUCAUGUUGACAUCGAUGAAAUUCAGCAAUUCCCAGAUUCAGAUAGUUUCGGUGAGUCUAUUCAAAAUAUAACCUUGGAAAACACCAAUGACAGAUCUGAGCAUCUUGAAAUCCAUCCUGUCUUGAAGAACGAUCCAUCUGGAUAUGAGUUUAGUGUUCCCACAACCAUGACAGUCGGCUACGAUUCGUUUUCGACGUCAUCCCAGAUUCAGUUUCAACAAAUGCCUCCUCUCCAGAUAGAUUACGAGCAACAGCCAUUACAAGAACCUGUCCAAACGAACUCGGAGAGUUAUGAUUUCCCAUCCUAUCAAGAAUCAUUUUCAACUUAUGGCACACAAACUACCGAAAUAGUUCCUCAUCCACAGCAACCACAAGAAAACAUUCAACAGUUCCAGCAGCAGCAGCAAAAACAAAUCCCAGAAAAAUUACCCAAUAACAACAAUUUCAAGUCUGAGCAUUCAACGGAAAGGACAAUUCUGGCGAAGGCAAAAAAAGCAAAAAAUACAACGUCAAGUUGCAAGGAACGCAUAGAAUGUAAUAUUUGCGGAAGUGUCUUCACUCAUUUAAAUUCCCUGAAAACCCAUCUGCUAAAGCACUCGGGGGAGAAACCCUUCAAGUGUGAAUUCUGCGAUAAGGCUUUUGCCCGCAAAACUGUCCUCAAUAUUCACCGGCGUCUGCACACCGGGGAGAAGCCCUACAAGUGUUCUCUGUGCCCAAGUGCCUUUGUUACCAAGGAAGCUUUGGCGAGACAUUUACAAAAGGACCACGUAGAAGAAGUUGGUGCGAAUUUCAGGCGUGAUAAAGUCUCAUACAUUUGUUCCAUAUGCAACAAGUCUCGUUGCUCCAAAUACUCCCUCGCCUCUCACAUGAAGACGCACUUGAAUGAGACAAAGGUGCGGCGAAAGAUAGUUCGCAAGAGAAAGGAAAAAAAGCGUGACGAAGUCACAUCCCCUGCUGACUUGCCUCUGAAAUACUCCUGCAAAAUCUGCCACAAAGGCUUCACCAACAAAUGGGAACUCUGCACCCAUGCCGAGUCGCACAACAUGCAUAAGACAUUCGAAUGUGAUGUUUGCCAGAGGACGUUCGAUAAGAAAUUCCAUCUGCUCUAUCAUCUGCAAACCCACGAAGGUGGUGAGGAAUUGGUGAAGGCUAAGGUCAAACCGAGUGUCGAACAAAUGAGUGUCCCCGAUAAACCGAAAGAGGAGGAGGCAGAUGAUCAAAUUCAAAAACCGAAUCAAAAACUUCGAGUGUUAAAGCGACGACGGAGAAAAAAGGCGACAAAACUUGACUACGAGGAAGAAGAGCAGGACGAGGACGAUGAGAUGAAUCAUGAUGAAAGUGAGGAUGAUGAUCAGGGGAGAAAAAAGUCAAGCAAAACUAAAUCUACCCGAUCGCAACGUGAAAAUCUGAAGGUAUUGCGAACGAGCAGUAAAAUUGAGUGUCUCAUUUGCCAGGCUGUCUUCACACAUCCGACAUCCCUGAAAAUUCACAUGCUCGUCCAUUCGGGCGAACGCCCCUACAAAUGUGACCACUGUGAUAAAUCAUUUACCAGGAAGACCGUCCUCAAUAUCCAUCGACGUUUGCACACCGGCGAGAAGCCCUACAAGUGUCCGCUCUGUGAUAGUGCUCACGUCACAAAAGAUGCUUUGAUGCGCCACAUGUCGAAGGAUCACGAUGAGGAUCGUGAAGCUGAUCGGAUUAAAUUCACCUGCGGUGUCUGCCACAAACCCAUGGGCACCAAAUACUCCCUGCAAACGCACAUGAAGCUCCACGAACAACGCCAGACGGAGAAUACAGCUGAGCUGAAUUUCUCUUGCAACAUGUGCACCGAGUCGUUCGAUACGAAGGCCGAUUAUGCGAAGCAUAUGCAGGUCCACGACUCGCACAGAAACUUCCAAUGUGACAUUUGUCAGGUGACGUUCGAGAAGAAAUUCAAACUUCUCUUUCACUUGCAAACCCACAAGAUCGAGGAUCUGCCGUGUAAGAAAUGUGGAGAGACUUUUACCAUAAGAGAAAACCUCAUACAACAUGUGAAAACAGAACACAUCGAUCCUCAGAACAUGGACUUCCAAUGCCCCACCUGCAACAUGGGUCAAUAUGAUACUCGGGAUCUAAAGUUACACAUGUUAAAUUGCCACGACGUGGUGAUGGGUGAAUUGAAUUCGUGCGAUAUGUGCGGAGAGAGUCAUUCCACCGCCGCGGAGUACUACAAACAUAUGCACGACAAACAUGAUUCAAUCAGCAAGACGUGCAAUGAGUGCAAGAAGUACUUUGACUCACGAAAAGCAUUCGAUAAGCACAUUCUUACGCAUUAUAUGUAAGAGCUCUGGCAGAGCUUCUGAUCUGAUAACUGAAAGCCUCAUUCAUUAACAAAAAAGCAUAGAAUUUUGUAUAUAUACUUAUUUUCAUAAAUAAAUAGAAUCACAUAUUA